CACCAAUGUUAUAUAUAAUAUUUCUACCUUCAAUAUUUAUUUCACUACAAUGAAUUCUACAAUCUCCAUCUACCCCAUGUAUCAUGACUCGCCGCCCCCUUACCAUUAUUCAACCCACUCCCCAUAUCUCUUUCCACAACAGAAAGACCAGUCUUCCUUCAUAAAAUCUAGACUAUCCGAGAGCCCCGUAUCUACAGACCAAUCUUCUGAUACCUCCUCCGUCGAACACCCAUCUCGUGAUAAUUCACAUAGAGCAUCUCGUUUCACUAUCGCACAUCCAUACGCCCGCCUUUACGCAAAGAAGGACGGUUCCAAGCGACGAAAAAUAUGGAACCAUGUCCUUGAGAAACAACUCUUUUCUCCUCAGGAAUUGUCAACCAUGGGCGCACCACACAGGCGUACCAUUUACAUCGCCUCUCUCGAGGCGCACAUCGAUCGGUUACACAACCAACUGCUCGGGAUCGGCCUUUAUCCAAUCCCAUUUCAACGCCUCGAGCCAUACCGGGGCCUCAAUUCAAAGACGGCCAAGAGUAUGGUAGCUGGAUUACAGCACGAUGCUACCCACACAAAGCUCAAAUUGCUAGAGCUGGAACGUUCGAAUAAUAAUCUGCACAAGCUGCUCGGCACCCAAGCACUUACUUCCUCCAUUUCCCUUGAAGCAGAUGUACGCCGUCACUCUAUGGAUUCACCCGGAAUGGCCUUAAACGCAAGGACCGCCAUCAAUUCCGCAGGCCCGAUGAUCAUGGAUUCCCUGGCCUAUUCGGCAAGAUCAUAGUCCCCUAUUUCGCUGCAUUCCAGGGUUCCACUCGCCACAACCACCUUAUGUAUUUCUUUAAUCGCUUGUUCAUCGCACCUGUAUCGUACAUAAUCGAACCACGGCAUUCCCUAUUACUUAUGCUACUGCUUACGAGGCCACCAGUAUAUAAUAGACCUCCCAUCUGCAAGGUUCAACAACGUGUACAGUAGAUAUAUUGUUCCCAAAUGUGACUACCUCGGGAAACGCCUAUAAUGUCUCAUCGCCUUCUCGUUCUUUCACCAGGAUCUCAUCUUCCCCCAGCGGAACUAAUCGACAUCCUUCGUAAUCGGCAGCCGCUGCUGGUCCUUAGUUAUCGGCAAUUAAUACCUCAGAUUGAACCCUCAGCCUAAUGCACGGGUACAUCACAACCGUCUUCGCGGCCCCGGCGCUGCCUUCAUUUCAGCCCGUUUGAAAUUCAUAUCCAUGCCCUCCAU